UAUUCCAUAACAUUAAUGUUAUUGAUAACAUUUUUUGUACCGUACUACCGUCUGAUUUUUGAUAUUUUAUUGUAUUCUAUUAUCUAUAGUCGACUAUAGAGUUUGGCAGUCACCAAGCUUUCCGACUUCAGAUAAAUUACUAACUUUCUACUGCCAAUAAUAAUUACUGUCGUAUAAGUUAUUUCACUCACAAAUUCCGGUGAUCAGUGAUUAUUUCUCAACAUUUCAAGUACAAACGUGUUUUGGUGCUCAAGUCGUAAAUAAUAAUGGAAACAUUAAUUUUGGAAGAUUUAAGAAAUUUAGGAAAAUCCAUUUCUGCUAAAGAAUUUAAAAAAUUAAUUACUGGUGGACCAAAAUCUAUUAAGUAUACUCAGUUAGUUGAGUGGAUAACCAAGGAAAUUCAGAUACUAUUAGGACUAGAAGAACAUGUAAAUUCUAUAAGCACUGAAGCAGAUUCUAGUUCAUUUUUAUUGGAAGUUAGUAGUUUCUUAAAAGAAUCUGGUUGUUCUUAUAACAAUCUUGUUGCAGGUAACUUUGAAGAUCGUUUAAAUUCAGAUGAAAACAAAUUACUUUUAUUAGAUUAUUUAAUUGGUGAAUUAAGAGCAUCUCGAAUAUUAAAUGCUAGCACCACUAAUACCAAACGUAAUAUGCAAGUAACAUUAAUUGAAAGCAAUACAUCUAAAUAUGUUAAAGAGAUCUUAAUGACUUUAAAAUUACCUAAGCCACCUCAAGAUAUUAGCACUACUUCUUUAUUCGAAAAAGUUAAUAAAAAAUUGCAAGAACUUCUAAUAUCUGUUCCACCUGCAUUAAUUGGAAAGUCAUUAGUUUCUAAUUCAUAUAGUAGUGAACAAUGGAAAUACAUUAAUAAUAGUAUAGAACUUCUUAAUGAAGAAUUUAACGUACGAAGUAAAAUGUCAUUAACAAGACUUGACGUAACAGUACAAUCAUUUAAAUGGCCCGACAGACUAAAAAAUAAGAAACAAAAAUUGGAUGAAAUUUACCAAACUAAAUUAAAUAUAAUUAACAAAUUACCUAAUUUUUGUAUAUCUGAUUUUCUAUCGGCUAGAAAUGAUUUGGCAAUUGUUGAAAAAACUUCUAGUACAUUAGUUGUUCAAAAUACAAAUUCAUCAGUUAACAAAGUUAUGAUUGGUCAGGUGCCUGAUAGAGGUGGAAGACCAAACGAGCAACAAGCACCGCCUCCUGAAAUGCCUAGUUGGCAGCAAAGAACACAAUCACAAGGUGGUAGAGGUAGUCAAUCAAAUAGAGGUGUACAGUUCAACAAUAGAGGAGGUCGAGGUGGAAGUUCACAAACUAGAGAUAAUCAACCAUAUAGAAACUCAAACACCGGUGGUUUUCAAGGCGGAUCUAAUGUUUACCAGAUGACUGAUGGAUUUCAAUCAAUCAGUGUUGGUAAUGAAAGCAGAAAUUUUCAUCAAAACAAUAGACGAGGACGAGUGCAAGGUGGCUGGAACAAUAAUCAGUCCAGGGAUUACCAUAGCGGAAAUUUUCAUGAAGGGCAAAAUAGGACGUAUGAUAAUUAUAGUCAAGGAACCCAUCAAAAUAUGGGAUAUGAUAAUAAUAGAUUUCAAGGUACUUCAAAUGAAAGACAGUGGAGUCAAGAACCUCAUUAUGGAAAUAGUCAAGAUCAGUAUGAUGGCAAUAAUAGACAAUAUAAUGACACAAAUAAACGUGGUUAUUCCAAACGAGGUAGAGGUCAUAAUGGACAAACAUAUUACAAUCAACAAAGAAAUUAUUAAACUGAUUGAUUAAAAUUUAUUACUAAGUAAUUAAUAUGAUUGUAAACUUACCCCUUUGUUUUUAAUAAAAUUAAACUAUUAAUUCUAAGUAGGUUUAUGAUUUUGUAUAUUCAUACAAUUAAAAAAUAUAUUUUCUUUGAUUUUUUCUUAAUAUAUUUACUAUUUAGUAUAACUAAU